AUGUCAUCUGAAGCGAGCAUGAAGAGCCCAAAUAAGAAGAGACAACGAAGCGAUUCGGAAGACAACAACAAUGACAAAUUUCCAUCCGCCAAGAAAGAAAUGAGGCCAGAGUUGUCACGCGUGCGGAUCGGUCUCAUAUCCGAUACCCAUGGCGUCCUGGAGGAAAGCGCCGUGAAAUACUUGGCUGGACUACCUUCCUGUCGUGUGGUGAUUCAUGCGGAAGACGUCGGCGACAAACGAGCCGGGAGGCUAAAACCCCAGGAUCUUCUUGACGUGUUGUCCAUGAGGAUCGUUAACGACAAUGACAACAAAAACAGCAAACGAGUUGUGGCGUGUAGAGGAAAUGUAGACGAUGCUCUCCCCAAGAAGUAUCAGUGCAACCUACCUCCAUCAGUUUUGUAUACCGUCCCAGAAACUCGCACUAGAAUUUUGGUGUUGCAUGGUGACGGUGUCCCUGACAAUGCCAGAAUCAAAAACAUGAAAGAUGGGAGCCUUCGAGUGACCGAGGGCGCUUGGGCCAUCAUUCAAAAAUUCCGGGCGCAAGUUGUCAUUUACGGGCAUAGUCAUUUGGUUGGUUGUCACGAAUACAACGGCGUUCUUUUUAUAAACCCAGGAAGUGCCGGGCCCAAACGCUUCAAAUUGCCCAGGAGCUGUGGUUCCCUCUCUCUGACUGCCGACACAGAAUCAGAGGUUGUGGAGUAUCAGACUCAACUGCAUUGCUUGGAAACCGGAAAGACUAUCCUUGCUAAGUCUGGGUCAAUCUGGGUCAAUCUACACCUUCCAGCCAAAGCCAAGGAGAUUAAACUAAAUCACUUGGACUCGAUAAAAGCCUCCGAGGAAUGA